ACCCAUAAAGCAGAUGUCUACAGCUUUGGCGUCGUUGCAUUAGAAAUUGUUGCUGGAAAGAGCAACAUGAAAUUUAGCCCCAGUGAGAAUUUCUUUUGUCUUCUUGACUGGGCUCUUGUUCUUCAGAAGAAAGGAAGUCUCAUGGAGCUUGUGGAUCCAAGGCUGGGUUCUAACUUCAAUAAAAACGAGGCAGAAAAAAUUAUCAGAGUUGCUCUCUUGUGCACGAGUCCUGCUCCAACACUAAGACCUGCGAUGUCAGAGGUGGUUAGCAUGCUUGAAGGUCAUGUCAAUAUCCAGGAGUUUAACAUGGAUUCACGGAUCCAUGACAGUGAACUGAAGCUUCAAGCACUCAGGGAGAAGUAUGAUGAGUUGUAUGACGAUUUAAGUAAAACUCAGACCCAUGUUCAUCGUACAUCUUCAACAGAGGAAAAAGAGAAUUCCUCUAAAUCUGUCCUGGGUUCUGAUCCACAGGAUUGAUAAAAGAGUGAAUGGCCUAGAUUACAGAAUUAUUAAGCAAGCAGCUGCUCACUUGAGGACCAAACAAAGUGAUUGCAUCAAGCACACACCCUGUGCAUAGCUUUUCGUCUACAA